ACAGCCAUUUAGGGUACACUCGGAGAAUACGGGUGGUGUUGUGACAGCGUACGUUUCUUAUCAGCGGUGCUUGCUUCGCAAUUGUUUGUGGUAAUCGUAAAUAUGUCGAUAUUUACGCCAACGAAUCAAAUCCGGCUGACCAAUGUAGCGGUGGUGAGGAUGAAGAAAGGCGGGAAGCGAUUUGAAAUCGCCUGUUACAAGAACAAAGUUAUGAGCUGGAGAUCAGGAGCAGAAAAGGACCUGGACGAGGUUUUGCAGACGCACUCUGUUUUCGUCAAUGUUUCCAAAGGCCAGGUGGCGAAGAAGGAUGACUUGACCAAAGCUUUUGGGACUGAUGACCUUACAGAAAUCUGUAAACAGAUCUUGGCCAAAGGUGAGCUCCAGGUGUCAGACAAAGAGAGGCAGAGUCAGCUGGAGACCAUGUUCCGGGAUAUAGCUACUAUUGUGGCAGAGAAGUGCGUCAACCCCGAAACCAAGAGGCCAUACACAGUCAGUCUGAUUGAGCGGGCCAUGAAGGACAUCCACUACUCUGUCAAGCCCAACAAGAGCACAAAGCAGCAGGCCCUGGAGGUGAUUCGGCAGCUGAAGGAGAGCAUGGAGAUCCAGAGAGCCCACAUGAGGCUGCGGUUGGUGCUGCCAGCCAAAGAGGCCAAGAGGCUGAAGGAGAAGCUGAAACCGCUCCUGCAGGUCGUGGAGAGUGAGGAUUUUGAUGAGGAGCUGGAAAUGGUAUGUCUGGUGGAUCCCGGCUGCUUCAGGGAGAUCGAUGAGCUGAUCCGCUGUGAGACUAGAGGCCGAGGCUCUCUGGAGGUUCUCAGUCUCAAGGAUGUGGAGGAGGGAGAUGAGAAACUAUAGUAACCCUGCCUGUCAGGACUCUGCACCUUAUCCACACUAACACGCUUCAUUAGUGCACACAGACUGCAAACUCAUGAAAAAAUCAAUGUUUAUGGUCUGAUAUAUCACAAUUUCAGCCACUUUCACCCUGUAAGGAUUAAUUUGACUGAAAGAAGUUAUGAUUUGCUGAGUGGAAUAUAUUUUGAAAGCAGGUAUCAGAAUUUAUGCCUGAACUUUAAAGUCGGUGGUUAUUUCUCAUGUUUUCUCUUUUAUUUAUUCACUUUUUUUAAGACGAUUACUAAUUUAGCAGAACAUCUACACAAAGUCGUGUGCCAUGUAGUCGUGCUCAGUAACCCAUCCUAUUAUCUGUGGAUAAUUUCUUUAACCUGGUAAAUUCUAUUUUAUUAUAAUAAGUUUGGUCUGCAAUAAACACUAUACAAAAUAUUA